GAUGAAUCACUGAUUUUGUGCUGUGGAUACUAGUUUCUGAGAUUACUAUUUCCAAAACGAAUUAAGUAUACUUAAUCGGGGUGUAGAAGUUCAGUUUGAAAUCACUUUGUUUGACUUGAUGCAGCUUUGAGUCAUUGACUCGACUUGAGUUACUAUUUAUCAAAGACUUCUUCAAAGAGAUUCUUAUGAUCAGGAGUCAAGUGACUUAUACCAGGGUGGUCCAAACCCAGGCCUGCGGGCCACAUGUUGCACGCCGCUCCAUUAUCUGUGGCCCACGUCACAUUUGUGGGAGAGUAAACAAAAAAUCCCAUUUCAGCAUUUGGUGUAGUUUCAGCAUAAAAAUAACCAGAAAAUGCCACAAUGCUUGUUUGAUAUGCCCGCAAGUUGUGUUGGUGACAUCUAAAACAGCAUUUUCUUCCUGUGACACUUUCUCCGUUAUAAAGAGUUUGAAAUCUUACACUAAAUGUAGAUAUAGUAAGAUUUUUGCAGGUUUUAGUGAGUUUUUUAGUGUUUUUUUCAUGAGUUAGCUUGAUGAAUGACAAAUAAUGAUCAAGUGUUUGGACAAUGAAAAUGUUUGUUUUAUAUUGCACUGUUUACCUAUUAUUAGCACUUUUGUGGCCCGCGAGGCCGACAACCUUGGAACGCCCUGACUUAUACCCACACUGCCUGACUGUUGAGAUAUGGCUGCCUGGUUUGGAUAAAUACCCACGCUUACACAACUAUCUAUUGUUUGGGAAAUUCAAUCUGAUUGAGUUGGUCCUUAUCAUGUAUGACUUAUUGUAUCGAUGUGAUGCAAUUUUUGUGACUGCUAUUAAUUAAUGAAUAUUGAAAUGAUUUCUUUUAUCACUGAUAUGUGUCAAUGGUAUAUGACCAUAAAGUUAUUAUUAUUUUUAGAAAUGACAUGAUAGUACGUAAAGUUAAAUCAUUUAUAUGGCGAUCAUCAUUCGGUAUGCUGCAAGGCCAAGGGAUGACAAGUUUAAAGCUGUCUCGCUUUUCUUCAAGUAACAGUGACAUGGAAAACUUGACCAAUGACAUUAUGAAAUCAGUCGAAAAUGAAAAAUAUAGACAAGACGGAGGAAGGAUUUUGAAAAAGGAAAGUCUUGAAAAAUUUGUGGAAAUUUACAAAACUAUGUCAGACUAUGAAAAAAGAAAUAUAUAUUUAUCUUUAUUUAAAUCAUAUGGAUGUAACAGAGAAUUACUCCAGAAGCAAUGUGAGAGCUUGGCUAAUUCAUACAAGGAUAAAAAUGGAAUAUCAACACUACUCAGAAGUGAGAGGAAAUUAAACCAAUUGUUGAAACCAACAUACUAUACGUUUCUCACUCAACUCGGCAGUCUAAAUGACGGAGUGAAAUUUUUGAUUGACAUGAGAAAAGAUACAAUUACUGAAGCAAGGAGAGGCGAAGGGCCAAGAGAAGAAGCAGAUGCUGUCUUGCAUUUGUCAGAAGAUAUCAAGGAAAUACUGAGCCUGUGGUUUUCUGUAGGACUUCUUCAACUUCGUAGAAUAACAUGGGAAACUUCUGCUAACAUACUUGAAAAGUUGGCAAAGCAUGAAGCUGUACAUACAGUUAGAAAUUGGAUGGACUUGAAACACAGACUGGGUCCCAAUCGCCGUUGUUAUUCAUUUUUUCACGAAAGCAUGCCGCAUGAACCUAUCAUCGUUCUACAUGUUGCGUUGACUCAAGAUAUAUCUGAUAACAUUAAGGAAAUAUUAGAUUACAGAGAGACUGGAAAGGGUUAUGAUCCACAGGAAGCAAAUUGUGCAAUAUUUUACUCAAUCACUUCAACACAGAAGGGGCUUCAGGGAAUUGAACUUGGUGCCUACUUGAUACAAGCUGUAGUGGAUCAGCUCAAAUCUGAAUUACCAGGCUUGGAAACAUUUUCAAGUCUCUCUCCAAUUCCUGGUUUUAGGAGAUGGUUACUCAGUGGACUUAAUGAUGGAUCAUUGGCUAUGCAAUUAGAAGACUCUGAUUUGGGUGACCUGGAACGUGUGAGAAGCCAAUAUGAGGAUGCAUCUGAAAACUUGAACGAUUAUCUCAAAGAAUUGGUUACAGAUACAAGAAAAUUGAAGAACAAAAAGCAUGAUGUUCAUGUAAGAAAACUUCUGACGAAAUUGUGUGCAAUCUACAUAUGCAAAAUCAAACGACGUAGCUAUGCUCUGGACCCGGUCACCAAUUUUCAUCUUAAAAAUGGUGCUACAGUAUGGAGGGUCAAUUGGAUGGCUGAUGAAAGCCUAUCUGGGAUGCAACAGUCUUGCGGCCUCAUGGUGAAUUAUCGCUAUUUUUUAAAUAAAAUGGCAGAUAAUUCGAAUAAAUAUAUCACAAAGCAGACUAUUGAUAUGUCUGAAGAAGUUUACGGAUUGUUACAAAAAGAUCACUUGUCCAGUCAUUUGUAAUUUUAUGUUAAUUUAUAUACAUUUAACUGUGCAAUAAAUAAAUGAUAAUUCA